CAUACCUUCACUGGUACAAUGAGAACUGGUUGCAAAUCCACAACAGUCAUCUCCCACCUCAAAAAAUACUCAGCUGAAAUUCAGAUCCUCAUCAAUCUCACAUACCCAGUAUUUUCUCUCCCUAAACAGCUCUAACCUACUAUCAAGCGCCGUGCUUCGUGGUGCCGCCCAUCCCAAGCUAGCCUGUUUGGGAAUCCUCAACUCCUUGACCUGGGAGCUCUGGCCUGUUGUUGGCUUGACGUACUCGAGUAUUCCGCCCCAAACCCCAUUGAACACCUACGAAUAGUGCACAUUUUCGACCAUGGUUCUGUCAGUCUCCGAGAGGCUCGAUACUUCACGCUGAAAACCGGUCUUGAUGCCACGAGGAGGAGGGGGAUAUGUGGCUCGACCGGCUAUCGGGGCAUUCGACGCCUGCCUCUACUGGAACUCCCCCACCAGGGAGUGCGAACAGAUCAUACUCUCCAGCACCACGCCGGCAAAGUAAUCUAGGACCUCCUUCUUCCUUGCAAAGACCAGGCUUCAAUACUCGGUCAUCUUCCUUGUCCUUGCUCUCCAAUGACUCUACAACGUCUCUGCUGUCCUCUCGAUGGCCUAAUGGAUCGAAUCUCAAACGAACGGCAACCAUAGUAGAUGUGCCAGAUCCUCUCAAGGUUCUGGGCAACAUUGUGGGUUCAGAAGAUACUAAAGGGGAGGAGAUUGAUGAGGAUUGGGAACUGGAACUUGAUUUCGACGGCCUUGGGCUGCACGAAAUAGCAGAGGAUCGAACGACUUCCGGGGGCAUUAUCUCUCAGAGUCUCGAAGAGUGUAUGCCUAUCUAUUACUUUUGGCUACACAGAUGCUGAUCGCGAAUUUUAGUUGAGAGGGACAGAUACAAGUUUGACAGCCUCCACCAAUCAAUUCAUGACUGUGAUGAAGUGCUAAAUAGUGUCGAACUCAACCUAAAUAGCUUUCAGAGCGACCUUGCCGCGGUUUCGACGGAGAUAGAAACAUUACAAGCGCGAUCCACUGCAUUGAGCGUCAGGUUAGAGAAUCGAAAAGUGGUUGAAAAUGGCCUGGGCCCAAUCGUGGAAGAAAUCAGCGUCUCCCCAGCCGUUGUCAGGAAAAUUGUUGAAGGGGCCAUCGAUGAAGCUUGGGUUAGGGCUUUGGCCGAAGUCGAGAAGCGUUCCAAAGCCAUGGAAGCUAAAUCCAGGGAACAUAGGAAUAUAAAAGGCAUUGAUGACCUUAAGCCAUUGCUGGAUAAUCUUACCAAGAAGGUCCGUCAUGCUCCCAAAGUAUAAUAUGGUCAUACUGACUCUUGCAGGCUCUUGAGAGGAUCCGAGACUUUCUUGUUGCGCAAAUCAAGGCAUUGCGUUCACCUAAUAUAAAUGCCCAGAUCAUACAGCAGCAACACUUUAUCAGGUACAAGGAUUUAUAUGCAUUCUUGCACAAAUAUCACUCCAAACUAGCCGAGGAGAUUGGUCAAGCAUAUAUGAAUACAAUGCGAUGGUACUUUCUGAACCAGUUUACCCGUUAUCUCAAAGCUCUUGAGAAAGUUAAAGUCCACGUGCUUGACAAAUAUGAUCUUCUUGGUCAAGAUGAUGGAACUCGAAAGACAAAUAUCUUGUCAAGUUCGAAGAAUGCAGCGCCAGCGCACGAUGCGUUCAAUUUGGGCCGACGAUUUGACCUCCUCAGAACGCCCAACCAAACGGCACUUUCUUCGUUUUUAGCAGAAGAGGAUAAGUCAACACAUUAUUCCGAGUUCCCAUUCAGACAUUUCAACCUCGCUCUUGUCGACAAUGCUUCAGCUGAAUAUUCCUUUCUUACCACUUUUUUCGCGCCAGCAUUGUCAUACUCGACCAUAUCGCGGCAUUUCAACUACAUUUUUGAGCCAACAUUUGCUCUUGGGUCUGGCCUUUCGAAAUCUCUUUUCCAUGAAACCUACGAUUGCUUGGGGCUCCUCUUGUGUGUGAGGUUAAAUCAGCACUUUGCUUUUGAGCUCCAACGACGCAAAAUCCCGGCCGUUGAUGGGUAUAUCAAUGGAACUAGGAUGCUGUUGUGGCCUAGGUUCCAAGUUAUCAUGGACCAACACUGUGAAUCGGUGCGGACAGUCACCAAUAGCGUUUCCACACGGAAACCAUCAGCCUCGGAGCAAGCAAAACAGUCUGCUGCUCCACACUUUAUGACACAACGAUUUGGGCAAUUUUUGCAUGGCAUCCUAGCAUUAAGUACUGAAGCAGGUGACGAUGAACCUGUCUCAACAAGCUUGAUCAGGCUUCGAAGUGAAAUUGAAGCGUUUCUGACCAAAACGGCCAAAAGCUUUGGCGAUUCUAGGAAAAGGGAACGAUUUCUUUAUAAUAACUACUCGUUGAUUCUCACGAUUAUUGGAGACGUGGAAGGAAAACUAGCUCUUGAACAACAAGAGCAUUUUGAGGGCCUGAAAACGGCAUUUGCGGGAACGUAGUUAGAUUCUUGGGUCCAUACCCUGUAAAAUACAAUCUAUUUUUUGG